GAUAACGCGCGUCGACCGGCCGCGAUGACGAAUCGCGCCACGAACGAAAGUGACCGGUUUAACACGGCUCGUCUCUGGAACUUUAUGCUUUCUUGACACCGGCGUCUUCUGAGGAUCGUUCGGGACGCGCGACGCGUCGAGCCACGAGGGCACGAACUGUGACUGCAGGCCACUCCAACGCCGCUUCGAAGAAGCAAAGGCGCUGGCGUCUCGGGGCGUAGCAUGUCCUGGUGAUGCUGUUGGUGUCCCAUGUCAGAGUGUACCAAACCAACAUGGAGAAGACUAGAUGAAACACCAAACCUGCGGAUAGCCUAUUGGAUGGUGGCAUUGGUGUCCAUAGUCUUGGUGCCUAGCCAGAGCAGCGCCCAGUGUACGUAGCCAACCCAUCUUGGCACAUGGUGCUGCCUCAGCUUCCCGAGGAACGUGUUCUGCAAUUAUUCAUAGAAUGUGGUUUAUUUUGAAGCUCUACGGCUGAUCCCAAACUUCAAGUCUGCUAUACAUAUAAGUCUUGGCCAACUUCCUCACCUUCAUAGAGGCCCCAUUUGUCCUGACCUGAACACUUCACAGCAUUGGACAACCUCGCUGGAGGAAAGUGGAAGAGAAAAUAUCAAGAGAAGCGAGGAACACCAGCGACGCACCAAGACCCGAAGCAAGGUCGAUAUCAAGAAAUCCUUAACUGGCCUCUCAAAACCAAUCUGUGCCUUCGUGAUACCUGCUGUCGAAGCUGAAUUCCCUUUCAAGCCACCGAAAAGCGCCCGACUGAGUUCAUUGCCUUUGCAAUGUGCACCUAAGGUGCUAUGCGUUGCUAUAAGCACCUUGAGAGUACAUCAUCUUGUUGUCUUCUGAAGCAUAGUGACACUACAAAUGUCUGUGUCGCUGACUGAAUCCGUUGGUGACAUCGAUGAGCACUGCAGCAUGAUGUAAACACUAAACACCAGCGUUGCGAAUUUUUUUAUUCUAAUGCCCUUCGUGAGCGCACUUGGCGGAUUUCAGUGAUUCCCGUAACUUUUCAGUAUGUAUAGUUCUAAGAAAAGAGCUGCUCGAACAAAUAACAUGGGAAAGCAGAGUAUUCUGAUCAGAUUCAUUGUGUUCAUUCUUAUCGAAGGAAUGCAGUAAGUGCCUAAAAACUCUUUAUAAAAGAAGAACACAAAGGAAUAGAACACCGCUCUUCACUGUCGGGUGUGAAAAACAGUUUUGCGCUUCCUAAGCAGACUUUUUAUAAAUAUUUUUAGAGCUUCAUCCAAAAAAAUACAGUUCUUAAAUUAACUUAUGACAAAUCAUUUGUCGAACAAUCAUCCUGACAUUGUGGAUCACAUUUCGACUAACCAGAGUCUUGCUAUGGCUGUGCGAAAUAUGAACCUUGAAUGUAUAAUACCCAUUUUUGCCGAAAGGACUGAGAACUUGCAAGACCCACGGCUCAACCGUAACUUCUCUGAAGGGCGCAGUCAACUCCAAGAACAUUGUUUGAAACCGGUGCGUUUCGGUCUUUGUCCUCAAGGGAAUGUGGACAACAAUCUUCAACCAGAAGCAUACUGUAAUCGAGAAUGGCCACUUGCGCUGGUCGACAUUAUGGAAUGUUCCGGAGCAGAUGACAAUUCAAAAGCAGAACAUUGUUUGCCUACGCUUCGUGCACACUCGGACAUUCCAUUUCUCUCGCCUACAUUUUCACCAGAACCAUCGUCACCUGAACCCGAGUGUCAUUCGCCAGAUGUAAAGUCAGAAAAUGGCAGUAGCUCCAUGCUCGAGCACAGUUCUAAUCAUGGAGGGCAGGCUCAUCCUAUUGCUGCAGAAAAGGAGUCGCUUGGAAACAGUCGCCCUAACUCGCCAUCCUGCGAGGUUGGCGAGUUAAGCGAGCCCAAUCCCACUGGUGGCACACACCUGUAUGAGCGUCAAAAUAAUCAGCUCGCCAAUGGCACUGUACUUGACAUUGGACAUAUUCGCAGAACACAGUAUAGUAGCAAUACUGUCAUCUCUUGGCAGAGUCGGCUCGAUAUCACCUUCUCUAGCGAGACAGGGCGAAGCUACCCAUGCGAACAAAAUAUGUGGCCUGGGCGCAUAAUACCCCUUAAUCCUGUGACUGAAGAGAGACUGCAAGACCCCCGACUUGCACCUACUGUGUUCCGCAGUGCUUUUGUUGGGCAGUUUACCUUUAGACAGGCUGACUUUCAAAGCAGUCAGCGUGAGUGCGUCGCCUUCGCCCGAGAGUUCAGUGAUGGUAAAAUCACUAGGUUUUCGCCAGCAGACAACAGAGUAGCUGAUUUUGCCGACACCUCUGGCCGUCAGUCUAAUGGAAUUGCCGGUGCUACCCCUGCAGAAAACCACGUGCAAGAUAGCGUUCAUAUCAAGCGUGAAUCGCAAGAAAUUGGCGCGCUAGAAGAAAAAAACAAGAACGAAGCCAGGCCCUCGCAGGCCCAAAUUGAACAAUGGUUAGCAGCGAACCAAAGGCUGUGGGGCCACUGUUUCAUACAGUCGCCAGAGGCACCAUCAGAGGAGCUGCAGUCAGCCUAUUCUCCAAGCUCUGUGUUAUCACCACUAUUCUCGCCGGAUGUCCUCUUGUCGCCCUCCUCACCGUCUUCUCCAAUAGAAAGACAGCCGCCUGACAGCAACAAACAAGCACCAGCUGAAAGCGAGCUAGUGCUGUCUGAGCAGAAAAGUCAAGCACACCCUCCUGAGCAAAACUGUGAACCAACGCCAGCAGGACCAGAGCCGUCCCAAGCUCUCCCUCAAAGAUGUGACUCCGAGAGCAUCCCUCAUUGGCCUCCGGCGGCCUACUGGUCUCCGCUGCAACCAUCGUGGCCGCAUAUGUCGUCAGCACAAAGAUCAUUGUAUGUGGCUAGAACUCAUCCACCAACACCAUUUGUGGCACAAUCAGAGGGGCCUCUUUUUGCAGCAGAAGCUCCCGUAACAGUCCAAUCAGCAAAACCUGUGGGGCACUCGCUGCCUUUGCUGGCACCGAACGGGCCAGCAUACCCUUCAGUCUUCCAGCCAACUCGGCAAGGGCUACUACAGCACCCGGAGUGUUAUCCAGCACCGCCUCCAUUUUUGCCACCAUCGCAAGAACAAGUGCCCCUUUUAACAUCAGUGCCUCAUCAGCCACCAGAAGAGCACACGUUUUCAUUUCUGCCUACCCAGCUGCAAGUGCGUUCUGCGCAUUUACAGCCACCGGCCUAUUACGACCCUGCUCCGGUUGCGCCACCAGCAUUACAGACACUAGCAGUGCCACAAACUCUAGGAACAGAAAGUAGUAUACUCACAAAUGCAGCCAGAAGCGGACACACUGAUGGGAACAUUAGCGCAACAACAAAUCGAAUAUUCAUAUGGAGAUGCACAAAUGUCAGAAGCUGGAUCAGAGGUCAAGCCGCAAACUCCUCCACGAGAACUGGCCUUGGAAUAUCAACAAACGCAGACAGAAUCAGAUUCACAACUUGAACCAUCAUUGCCACCACAAGGCUGCUGUUCAUCUGAGUAUCCACAAAUUGAAGCGCGGACGGAGGAAGAGCUUGUGGCAGAGGCGCCACAGUGGCAAGAAGUGUCAUAUGUAAAGCAAGAUGGGACACUUGAAGUUAUGUAUGUACUAAAUGGGGCACAUGCUGGGACACCAGAAGAUUCGCCUCAAGGAGAACAUUACAAUUCUGAAUCGGAGGUCAAGCCGCGAGCUCCUCUGCUAGAACUGCCCUUGGAAUAUAAACAAAUGCAGACAGAAUCAGAUUCACAACUUGAACCAUCAUUGCCACCACAAGGUGGCCAUUCGUCUGAGUAUCCGGAAAUUGAAGCGCAGACGGAGGAAGAACUUGUGGCAGAGGCGCCACAGUGGCAAGAAGUUUCAUAUGUAAAGCAAGAUGGGACACUUGAAGUUCUGUAUGUACAAAAUGGGGCACAAGCUGGGACACCAGAAGGUUCGCCUCAAGGAGAACAUUACAAUUAUUCUGAAUCGGAGGUCAAGCCGCGGGCUCCUCUGCUAGAACUGCCCUUGGAAUAUAAACAAAUGCAGACACAAUCAGAUUCACAACUUGAAUCAUCAUUGCCUCUACACGGCGGCCGUUCAUCUGAGCGCCCACAAACUGAAGUGCAGACGGAGGGAGAACUUGUGGCAGAUAUGCCGCAGUGGCCUUCACAAGAACUGCUCUUGGAAUAUCAACAAAAGCAGGCACAAUUAGAAUCACAGCUUGAGCCGUCAUUGCCACCACAAGGUGGCCAUUUGUCUGAGUAUCCACAAAUUGAAGCGCAGACGGAGGAAGAACUUGUGGCAGGGGUGCCACAGUGGCAAGAAGUUUCAUGUGUAAAGCAAGAUGGGGUACUUGAAUUUCUAUAUGAACAAAAUGGGACACAAGCUGGGACACUACAAGAUCCUCUUCAAGGAGAACAUUACAAUUAUUCAGAAACGGGACCCCAAGAAGAAUGUUCUUACGAACAACCAUAUUGGCAAUCGAACACAGAAUCGGGGUUUGCACAACUAGCUCCACCCGAAUAUUCAGAAAUGCAACCUCCCAUAGAAUCGCACCCUGCUGCUUUACUGCCGCAACUAGAAAUUCCAUCUGAACAUCCUGAAAUGCUGCCACAAGCAGAGUCAGGCUUUGAUCAACAAGUGCCACCUCAAGGACAUUCAUUUCACUAUCUGCAAACACAGCCGGAAGGAGAGUUUCAACGAGCCCCGUUGCAUGAAACAAUUCAGCACAGUUGCACAUCUAUGUAUCAGCAAGCUGCCGCGUUUUCUGCAACAUCGGUACCUUGGGCAGAGGGACCACUGUUUACAUAUCCCAACAUGUAUCAGAGUCCAAAGUCAGUAUCUGCUCCCACAAUACCGUCCUCGGAAGCGCAUUUAUUUGUACACAUGCAUUCACAACGAGAAUCGUUGCCUGCUGUGAGUGUGAAACCUUUAGGAGAACCUCACUUCCUACAGCCCACUACAAGGACACAAGGAGAGGUAAUGCCAUCGUCAGUACAACUUCCGUGUACAGCGCCAAUGCAGCCUCUCCUCCGACAGCCAAUGUCAACAUCGACGGCCCCUUGUUUACAACUGUGCUCAGGACUGCAGCAACUACAAUGUUGGCCUACGCAACUGAUGUACCCUGUUCCAUCAGGGCAACCACCGAGACAGCCCGUGCCAUCACCACCGUUAACCCCACUUUGCACUGGACUUGUAGCUGCCCCUCGAAGUUCUGCACUCUGGCCGCUUCCUGCGAUGCAUUGCCUGACCCAGCAGUGUUCAUCGCAUGAAACUUCUCCGGGUGUGACUGUUUUACCAGGUCCAGAUGGACCACCGACCAGACCGGUCUCCGCUUUGACGACCUUUCAUUUACCAUCGCCGGCUUUGCAUCCAUCACUUGAAGUAGCGCCUAUGCCGCCGUUGCCGACUUCCCCGCCACCCAGCAAACCACCUCCACCGUCGAUGCCUCCGCCGCCAAAUUCGCCACCGCCUGACCGACCUCCGUCGCCGCCUCCAUCACCGCCACCAAACUCCCGAAGGCGCAGAAGACCCCCCCGGCUGCCUACCCCUCCACCUCCGACGCCAUUACGGCCCUUUGAGUCACCAAGUUCAUCACUACGCCAGUCAAAGCAGCGUGAGAAAAGUCGCUCCAGGAGUUCUUCGCCCUCGCGUUCGCCACAUUCCAAGUACCCGAUAUGGGCGCCGAGUCAUAAGAGAUCCUCCUGCACAAAAUACAAGGGUCACAAGCGCUCGAGAAAGUCCUCCAAGAGUUCUAGAACCACCCGGUGACCGCCUGAGCAGGUUAGCUAACCAAGACAUCUGAACAACGCUCUCAAGACCCAGCAGCUUUGAGGGACCUGAUUCAUUCUCUCUAAGAUCAGUGGCACUGUCUUAAUUAGAGACAAAGGCAUUUGUUAAAUCUUUUUGUAAUUCUGUGCACAUUCCGACUGUUAUUCCAACGACGUAUUUCUUCCGGAGAGGACAGUAUGAUCGAAGGUUAUAUGUGAACAACUGCUUAGCUUUCUAGCUUCGUUAUUGACACAGUUAUUGGCAGAGCCAGUCAGCUUAUGUUAUACACUUCAUGCAUUCCGUUUCUUUUCAAGGCACAAAAUUGCAAGUGCCGUAUCACAAAGCUGUAUACUUUGUGCACACCAGCCCUCGACAUUAGCGCAACAGUUCUUUCUUCCAGCGCUAUUCUUAAUCUGCAGAAUCAUUUCGAUGAUGUACUGUUUUCAAUGCAAGCCACAGUAGCGACCUGUAGUGAUAUUGCAAAGGUGGCAUCUUCCACCUUUACAUAUAUUAUCACUUCUGCGUGUGUGUCAGUUUACUGACUAGAACAGUUUCCCUGUGGUAUCAGAGCAGCAACGUUAGCAUAUUGUGGUUCUUCACACGGAACUUUUCCUAAGUGAUUGAUGCAGUGUUCUUGUAGGCUGAUGCUAAAGCGUAGCCAAGUCAGGUAGUCAGGUGUUUCUAAAGAGACUGCCAGAGUAACAGCACCGGUGGACAUCUUCCUUGUGGUGUCAGUUAAGUCAUUGACUGUACUUAAUGGGAAUCUCCUGUGCUUGUUUCCUUAACUGCCAUUUUUUACUUAGGCUAAAUGAACUUUGAUAAAGGCAGAUGGCAGUAGGGUCUUUUUUUUUCAUUACUAAUUUACAGAAGGUAUUGCUUUGUGUUGUGGUUUUCGCUCAAGAGAAGUGUCCCAGUGCAGGAGCACCUUAGAGUUCGGGUCUUGGAAGUGCUUGUUUUUCAGGUAUUCCUUGACGUCGAUCAUUAUUUGUAUGUGUAUAGUCAUUUUUUGCCCAAGUACCUGUGACUUAUUGUGAUAAUGUAGCCAUGGACCAGUGUUUUAAAAUGAGCCACCUAAACCAAAUAUGUGUAAAAUCUAGUCACUGCUUUCAUAACUUUUUUCCAGUGCUUUUCUUAAUCUGCAGAAUCAUUUCGAUAAUAUUUUACUUUUUUCACUGCCAGCCACAUUAGCGACCUGUGGUGAUAUCACAAAGGUGAAAGAUGCCGCCUUUACAUAUAUUAUUGCUUCUGCUUGCGUGUCAGUUUACUGACUAGACCAGUCAGGGUCCCUAUGGGAUCAGAGCAGCAACGUUAGCAUAUUGUGGUUCUUCACAUGGAACCUUUCCUAAUUGAUGCAGUGUUCUUAUAGACUGAUGUUAAAGCGUAGCCGAGUCAGGUUUUGCUACAGAGAUUGCCAGAGUAACAACGCCGGUGAACAUCUUCCUUGUGGUGUCAGUGAAGUCAUUGACUGUACUUGAGGUUUCCUAAUGGGAAUCUCCUGUGCUUGUUUCCUUAACUGCCAUUUUUUUUACUCAGGCUAAAUUAACUUUGAUAAAGGCAGAUGGCAGUAGGUUUCUUUUUUUAUUACUAAUUUACAGAAGGAAUUGUUUUGUGUUGUGGUUUUUGCUCAAGAGAAGGGAAUGUCCCAGUGCAGGAGCACCUUAGAGUUCGGGUCUUGGAAUUGCUUGUUUCUCAGGUAUUCCUUGACGUCGAUCAUUAUUUGUAUGUGUAUAGUCAUUUUUUGCCCAAGUACCUGACAGUGGCUGUGAUUUAUUGUGAUAAUGUAACCAUGGACAAGCAUUUGUCUUUUAAAAUGGGCCUCAUAAACCAACUAUGUGUAAAAUCUAGUCACUACUUUCAUAACCUGUAAGUGUUUGUGUAGAUGUUGUGAUCCUUACUCGGUUUUAACAAAUGUGAAUGGGAAAAUACUGGGAAUACCCAUUGAAGGGAUGCUUGAAACAAGUGCCUGCGUAAACAACUCUACUGACCUAGACGUCGAAAAGGUGGAUGUCGCUGCAAUAUGUAGUCGCCUUGAAUGUUAGUAAGGUUUGCCGGUUGUAGCGCACUAGCGUAUCAUGCUUCAGUCUAUACUGCCUAAAAGUGCUGCUUCUUUGUUCUGCCUUUCAUACUGUAUACUCACGCAUAUAAUGUUCUGUCGCACUGUACCAGUCCUCAUUCUCUAUCUUCUGGAAGAAGUUUUGUACUGUUUGUUCUGCCCCUACUCUCGCGAAAAGCAACGCAGAAUAUUUAUGCAAUAAAAAAUGUUUUCAUUCA